ACCUUCGCCGAUGUCGAUCUCGUUCAUAAACACUUCUCUCACCGCCCUGUUCUUGGUUCCAGAUAUUUAAACCCUAAUUCUCGCCGGCGAUCAAUCUUCUCACAUUGGGUUUGUGAAGAAUGGUGGAGAAAUCACUUAAGUUAUCCUCAAAAAACACCACACCUGUUGAAAUUACUAGCCAAGCUUUGGCAACUAGACCAUUGGCUAGAAACAUAAAAUUCUGUGGCAAAAAAGGAGCUUUUCCUUCUCGACAGUCUAAUGGUGAUCUUGCAGAGGACUUAUCUAAAAUCAGUGAUGAUGAGGUUGCUGGUAAUCUAAAUAAUAAAAAAGAAUUCCUACUGAAUAAGAUAGCAUGGGAAUUGAUGAACCCCGACUACCAAAAGGAAAAGCAUAGGAAGUCCACCACAGUAAAAAAGAAAGAUCCUAUGAAUAAGACUGCUCUUAGUAAGAAAACUCUCGCAGCCAGAACCGGAAGCAAUGCAGAAAAUGAAAAUAAAAAGAGACUGACUUCAGAUAUCAAUUACGAUGUUUUGGAUAAGCUAUUUGAUGACGAGAAGGCUCCAAAGAGAGCUAAGUUAGAGAAACCAAUUGGUGACCAAAUGGAAAGUUUACAGCAAAGCAGUGAAGAAUGCCUUUUGGAACCUCAGGGUUCUGAAGAAGAAGAACCAGACUGGAACGAGGAUUACAGUAAUGAUGAUGAUGAUGGAAGAGUCAAAGAAUUCGAUGGUGACGCUGAUCUUGAAUUUGAAGAUGAAGGAGAAGAUAAUGAAGAUAUAAUUUGGUGAUCUAUUCUUACAUUGUGAAUUGAUCUCAACAUGUCUU